UGUUUUUGAUUAUUGAAGUUUUGUACAUUAUUUGUGUCAAUAUUUGAGUAAUUUUAUGAAAUUACGUGUCAUCAAUUUUAUUAUUUUAUUUUUCAUAGUUUAUUAUCUCUUCAUUGUACUAUAAUAAGUUUGACGUGUUAAAUUUUUCGUUAAAAUGUUCUUAUUAAGUAGAAAAUUGAUUUCUGUUUUGUUAUUGAUCUUGGUGUGUACAAUGGGAGUAAUAUUGUACUUGGACUUAUGGCGUAUUGGGCCAGCCAAAAAAGUGAUUGAAUAUCAGAAGUGGUUUCAGGGACAAGAGUUGAAUGAUCAAAAAAAAUCUAAUGACACACUGGAGAGUUCAAAAAAUUUUGUUCCUACUCGUGAAUGGCAAACUGUAGAAAGAGACCAAGUUCUACCUGCAGGACUUCAUAUUAAGAUAGAUCUUCAAUCUGGAGAAAGGAAAGCUAAACUUAUAGAUGAUAAUAAUCAAAUUUAUCAAUUAACAAGUUCUACAAAAUUGGUUUCAUUGCCUCAAAAUAAAACUGAUAAAGAAAGUGGGAGUCUUAAACCUUCAAGUAGAUUUAGAUCAUAUGAUGAAUUAAAAAAAGAUUUUGACAGUUUAAAUAUGACUAUAAAAACUGAUAUAGAAAUCUUAGGAGAUCUAUCAACUAAAUUCAAAAAUCACAUUGAGACAUAUGAUAUGAACGAAAAUAAACUUGUCAAUAUUUUAACUGAUAUGGAAUAUCUUGUACAUCAAGUUGAUACAGCAGAAGUUUUUAUUUCUAAUAAUGGAAUUUCAAAUAUCAUUAUACCAUGUCUAAAUAGUAACUCUAGUGUAUUAAAAACUCAAGGAGCACAAAUACUUGGAGCUGCAUCUUCAAAUAAUCCAAAAGUUCAAAUUGCUGCAUUAGAAACUAAUAUUAUUCCUCUUUUAUUAAAGCACAUUGAUGAUGAAUAUGAAUACUCGGUUCAAGCCAGUUGUUUAUAUGCAGUAUCUACAAUGAUAAGACGUUUUCCUGUAGCUCAAGGGAUAUUUAUAGAAAAUGGAGGUUUACCUAUUCUCAUUCAUAUUUUUAACAAGCCUAUAACACAACACAAUCUAAAACUUAUGUUAAAAGUAGUAAGACUUCUAGAAGAUUUAGUACUGGAACAAGAUGAUGCAGAGUUAACACUGAAAGAAGAAACAAAUGAAAAAUCAGUAGCUUUAGCUAAAGAAAGAGUGAAACAGUAUAAAGAAAUCAACUUAAAGUUCAACCUGGUUAAGAAUGAAUGGUGCGAGACAUUAGGUAAUGUGAUAAUUCGAGCAUCUAGUAAUCCUGGUACUGAAGAUAAUAAUGAUUUUGUUGAAGCUGCAGGAAAAUCAUUAUUGGUUAUGAAGGAAUCGUGUAGUUCUAUGUUACAAUUAAACAAGGAAUUUUUGUCUUCAAUUAUGAAGUUGCUUAGUUUUUAUAAAACAUUAUAUCUGAAAGAUGAAUUUUAUACACCAUUGUAUAAUAUAAUAAAUGAUUUGAAUAAUAUUUAUGAUCCAGUCAGAGAAUAAAAUCUUUAUAUUAUUACCUAGUUUCCAAAAUUUAUUAAAUUUGAAGAUAACAUAAUAUUAAGAGACAUAUUAGAUUUAUCAUAUUAAAAAUAUUAAGUGCUGUGAUUUGUUUAAGUAAUA